UCCGAGAGGUGGUGAGCAGAAGCACCGGCCGCGAACGACGUUCACUUGUUUCCCUACACCCGCAGAGUGGUCGAGCGAGAGGAAGUACCGUUACCGAGCCAACAGCCCCAGCUUCAAUUGUCGCACAGACCAAACCUUCUGGAUCCAUUUUAGUUUUUCCAUUUCUCUCUGGAAAGAUGUCCAAGUUUCUGGUUUUCCUCGCCGUUCUUGCCGUAGCUCUCGCACAAACGGAGCACGACCACCACAGUCACGAUGAACAUAGGGUGAAUGUUGCUGUUUACUAUGAAGCUUUAUGUCCUGAUUCUAUCAAAUUCUUCAACAAACAACUGUACCCAUUAUUGAACAAUCCUAAACUAGGACACUAUGUGAAUUUGACUUUGGUGCCUUAUGGAAAAUCAACUAUGAAGAAUGAAAACGGUCAGAUCAUGUUCACGUGUCACCAUGGCGAAGGUGAGUGCAGAGGAAACAAACUCCAGGCUUGCACUUUGAAGCACAUCGAUGAUGGCAAAAACUCCGAAGGUCUCGGUUAUAACAAGAUGAGUGUGGAUUUCAUAAACUGUCUCAUGGAAACUGUAGAAAGAAAUGGCGACAACACUAAAUAUCCAACUGAAAGCUGUGCUAAAAAAAGUAAUAUCACAAAUAUGGUACCGGCAAUCGAAAAAUGCCAAGGAGACGCUGAAGGAUCCGAAUUACUAAAGCAACUUGGGGAUGUUACCAAUAAACUGAAACCAGAAUUGACUUCAGUACCAACCAUCGUUUUCAACAAUGAACAUAAGGCAGAGGAAUCCAAGUUAGCUAAUGAUAACUUUGUGAAAGCUCUGUGUAACCACAUCCAAGGAACUAAACCAAUGGUUUGCAACAGCGCUGCAUUACUUGGACUCAAUAGUUUGAUGGUCCUGUUUGCUUUAAUCAGUUAUUUCUUCUAAAAAUCCAAAGCAAAUUGACUUCGUCAUCCAUUUUAUCGCUAAAUCAAUGACCAAAAUUUCAUGUCUCUAAGAGAACCCUGAAGGCCUUUAAAACAGUGGAGAUUAUUUUUAGGGUUUGUACUUGAAUUUUAUCGAAGUUCAUCUUUAGUUUAAACUAUUUGUAUUUGUAUGACCUGUACUUGUAAAUCGUAUAUAUUAUGUCAAUACUUAACAUAUCCUUUACUGUAAAUCGUACAUAUGCCAAUACUUAACAGUCUUUGAAUUGAAUACCUACUGUGGUUAGAAUUUCGGUGUUCUAGAUGUAAGAUAAACAAUUAAUUCAUAAAAAUAGAAUAUCCAUCUUUUUCUGUCGAGUAUUACAUGUCCAAAAGCUAUAUCGUUGUAAAUAUCAUUCGAUAUCUACAGGAACGAUAUAAAUGCCAUGCCAGGGACGUGCAUGAACUUUGUCAAAAUAUUUGUGAUAAUAACGGAUUGCUAAUUUAUUACAAAUUUUAUUUUUAGCCAAAGUUUGCUUGGCAAUUCAUGAAUAGUUCUUACUUUUGAUAUGACCUAUACUUUGAAGUAAGCUUAACUGCUUUUGAUGUGCAUACUUUCGAAAUGGAUGUGAUCAGCCCCACAGGCGUUCUAGUUUGAUUACAAUUUACUUCGAUAGAUAUUUUAUAGUUUCAGAUUCAUAGUUUUUAUAAGUGUAAUAUUGUGAGAAGUUAUAAAUUUCAAAUAAAAGUAUUAUUUUA